AUGAGCUCGUGAUGUCUGUGUUCAAACUGUAUGCGUGUGCAGUUUUUGUUUAGCGGGUGGGGAUAAGGUUAAAUUACUAAGAUGAAAGCGAAACGUAAAAACAGUUUGCAGUACGUAACAGCACUAGAGCCGACUAAAGCGAAAGUUAUUAUCUUAGCUGAAUUCUAGGGUAAUGUCAUCACACACCAGCACUAAGUUCGGGUGGAGUGUCUGAUUACAUAACCUUGGAGUUUCGUUGCCGGAAUGCGAUUGGCUCUUAAGCCAUACAUUAUCUUGCUUUCUUUUUAUGUGUUGUGUAUUUUGACACGGAGGAGUACUCGUAUUAGUUGAUCAGGAACAAACCGUACCGGCCGUAAAAAAAGUCUUUAACAUAAGGCGUGGAUUUCCAACCAUGUGUGUGCUAUUUGUUCACUCAAAAGGGAAAGCGAAUAACCGUUUUGUUUUUCACUUAGCCUACUGACAGAGGUGAGACCGGAAGUCGACUUUGCCGUCCCACUUUGAUGGAGUAUAAAAUAGGCAGUACUCCACUAAUGAGGUUGUAGUACGCAAUAACUUUCGGUACUUGUCAGACCAUCAGUAUCUUGAGAUAUCAACAUGAGGCCGCUGAACACACCCGUCCUUUUGGGCUUACUUUCUUUAACAGCUGUGGCUUUUUCGGCGCCGGCUUCAACUUCGACCGCAGAAAAUGACCCAGAAGCGAAAAGUCAAUCUCUAUCAGCCGACCCGAGAUUCUCGAAGAAAACCGCUUUAGCGAGCCCAUUUUACGGAAAUGGACAAGGUUAUGGUGGAGGCUACGGGGGUGGCUACGGGGGUGGCUACGGGGGUGGCUAUGGGGGAGGCUAUGGUGGCGGAGGAAGCUAUGUUCCUCCAGUGUACCCGACAUAUCCCGGAGGAAGCUACGGCGGCGGCGGAAGUUAUCCGGGAUAUGGAUAUUCCGGAUUUGCGCCUUAUCCUUCCGUCAACAAUGGGUAUGGAAAUGGAUACGGAUACAAUAAUGGCUACGGUGGCUAUGGUAGUUACCCUGGGUAUGGUACGGGCUAUAACGGAUACGGAAGCGGCACAUACGGUAUUGGAUAUGGAGUCAAUGGUGUUAGUGUGGGUGUGGCUGGUUAAAAAAGCCAAAGAAAAUCUAAAAUCCCAUCAAUAAUCGGGUCAACGUAAUAAUUCCUAUACAAACCUUUGUUUUGAGUAACAAUCAAUCCAUAUGGAAUAUUACUAAGCUAAUAAUAUACUGUAUACUGUACAUGUAUCCACUGUUGAAUUCAAUGUACAGUUUAAAAAAUAUUCAUUUUAAAUACAAGAUGUAGAAUAAUUUUACUUAAUAAAAAAGG